UUUGGCUUGCUUUUUACUUCCAGAUCACUUUCUGCAAGCAGGUGCCAUUGAAGAAACCGAAUGAAUGGACGGGUCAGGGCAGAUAGGGAGUUUGCGUUUCAUGCCGUCCGCUUGCCAUAAGACAUAAACAACACCGUGUCUCUGAAGUGACCCGGUGUCAUUGGAGCUGUCUGCCCCGAGGGACUCUGGGGACCUCCGAAGGGCGCCAUGAUGGACAACCGUUUCGCUACAGCGCUGGUAAUUGCCUGUGUUCUCAGCCUCAUCUCCACCAUCUAUAUGGCAGCUUCCAUUGGCACCGACUUCUGGUACGAAUACCACACCCUGUCCCCAGCUGAGAAUGUUAGUGAAUCUGGUAGGAUCAUCUGGGAGGAGUUUGUCAGCGAAGAGGCAGACGAGAAGACCUUUUUUUGGUGCAACGGCACGGUUGGAUUGUGGCGGAGGUGUAUCACUGUACCCAAAAACUCUCACUGGUACAGCCCACCAGAAACCGAUAUGACCACCAACUGCAUCAGUUUUUCCCUCUCUGAUCAGUUUAUGGAAAAGUACAUAGAGCCUGGAAAUCACAACAGUGGCACGGAUUUGAAUCGAACUUAUCUCUGGCGCCUGCAGUUUCUCCUGCCCUUCGUCAGCCUUGGCCUCAUGUGCUUUGGGGCCCUGAUUGGGCUCUGCGCUUGCGCCUGUCGCAGCCUUUACCCUGCCAUCGCCACCGGAGUCCUCCAUUUCCUGGCAGGGCUCUGUACGCUGGGCCUGGUCGGUUGCUACGUAGCGGGGAUCGAGCUGCUCCAUCAGAAGCUGCCGCUGCCUGAUGACGUCAGGGGGGAAUUCGGCUGGUCCUUCUGCCUCGCCUGCGUCUCGGCGCCUUUGCAGUUCAUGGCAGCCGCUCUCUUCAUCUGGGCGGCUCGCACCAACAGGAAGGAGUUCACCCUCCUGAAAGCGUACCGUGUAGCAUAA